GCGGUCUCGACAGAGAAACGAGAUAAAAUAACAGCGAAAAUUAGGUAAACAAUGGCCUCAACCGUGUCGACAUCAACGACACAAAUUGCGAUUGAGGAGGCGUUCAUGCAGGAUGCUGCGGUGGCUGCCAUGUUCGAGGAAGAGGGGUCUGUGCUGGUAUGGGUGCAGAUGCAUAGGCGGCAGAUGGAUGAGAUAUAUGUGCUGCUCACUCAGCAUCAACAUGAUAUUCCACCAGAGCUUUUGGAGGAGGUGGAGGAGCUGUCCGAUGGUUGGGAGGAGGAGCUCCGUGAAAACCUCCCUUGGCAAUGCUUGAGUGUCGCUGAAAACGCGCGGGUGAUGGAGGAGUUGGCAGGGUGUGCCAAACUGCUGGGGAAAGUGAAGGGUUCCCUUGUAGAUAUAAGGAAACGGUUGUUGGACGUGGCGCCUGAGGAGGGCCGGGGGCUGCGUUCGUCACCCGGUUAUUGGAGAGAAGAGGACACUCCUGUUUCGGAUGCUUUUCUUGUUGAGGGGAUGGUGACUUGCCGCAAGGAGCCUGAGGAGGGGCAGGGAACUCGCGGUGAAUUGGACAAGCGAUCGUUUGCUGGCGACGAGGAAUGUGUUCCUGCGCCGAGGCACCGCCUUCUUCCUGUCCUCCUUAGAACGCUUGCUCUCAAGGUGAUGACAGGCAUUCUGCUUCUGCUUUCACCGCACAUGACAGGGUUGAUUUUUAGGGUUGAGCUCAUUCAUGGUUUGAAUGAGAACUCUGUGGAAGGCGAGGAGGAGGUCCCACGGCCAACCCUACCACUUCUACAAGCGCCCCCAACACUGUCGACUUGUACAGUCAAUGUUCCAGAGGAUCAGCCGUUGAUGCUCGAAUCUGUAGGCGGCUUUGCUUCCGGUGAUCCCAGCGACAACCAGUCUACGGUGCUGGGGAGUCACUACUUCGAUCUUCAAGUUUAUGUCUCGUACAACGAAUCUGAUCGGCGAUUUUACGACGUCGAUUUCUACGUGAACGAGCUCACUUACAGGAUGGAGAAACAGACCGUCACCAAGGUACAGAGCACAGUGCUCAAAUUGCAAGUCUCUUAUCAGAAGGACGCAACGACUUUCCGGGAAGUCCGCCCGCUGCUCGAAAGAAACUCCACCAACUCCUCCACACCUUUGUUCGGAAUAUUGCUAGAGAACCAAAAUAGCAGAUUGAUUGUCGCCGAUGCGACGGAGUCGGUUAUUCGAGAGGUAAACCUACAAGAGAAUAAUUCCAAUGAUUCUCUCGCUCUCGCGGCGGAUUCCAUCCUGCUGAGACUCGAUCAGCGCGAGUUAGGUCCGUAUCGAAUCUCCAAACGUCCCACUCUGGCGGAUUCACAGCCAGAUUCGAUGUACUAUGUGGCAUGGGCAGAUCGAAUCGCCGCCGUUGCCAGCGUGGAUCGGACGAUCGGACGUCCUCCUCAUCGUCAGCAUCAGGAGGACUUGGAACUGAAAACGCUUGCUGGUCCCAGUACUACACCGCAGUACAAUUUGACCACGGGGUUCUCAGAUGGUGCUGAGGGGUCUGAGGUGAGAUUCGAUUGGCCAGGCAUCACCUCUCGCUCAGUCUCCCAAGAUGGGCGUUACUUAUAUAUUGUUGACAUCAACAACAAUGCCAUCAGGCGAGUGAAUACGAUGACAGGCGCGACGGAAACCAUAGCUGGACCUCCAGCACAGGCACGCAGAGCGGCGACCUCUGCCUCAGCACCUUUCCCUGUGACCUUGGAACGCCCCUACUCUCUUGCGUUGACACGAGAUGGGUGCAAUCUCUUUGUGGCUGAGGCGCAGGGUGGGGUGAUCCGAUGGCUGAAGUUCGAUCGAUCGGACGGCAACGUCAUCGAGUCGCAGGUAGUGGUCGCAUGCAUCAAUCGCGACGGAUCGCAAGCACCUGUCCGCUGCGUCACUCUUUCCGACGACGACGAGUUCCUGUUCGUCGGUGUUCAAGAUUGGAUUUACCACUAUCGUGUGAAGACAGAGCUGCUUCACAAGUGCAAUGGGGGAGCACAACGCCACUUUGGCAUGGCCGUGGUUUCCCUUGCGGUUGUCAUGUAUCUGGCUUUGUUCGACGACACUGUCGAGUCUCGCUCAGGUGAUUGUCCGAUAGCCUUCUACUCUUGUCAGCUCCUGCCCGCCGAGAUAAACUACACUGCUGAUGAACGUGAGGUUCUCGCAGUAGUUUAUGCCGCUCGGCACUGGCGUAACUACCUGCACGAGGCACCGUUCACGGUGCGUACGGACAACUCUGUUGUCCAGGCUUUUCUGACAAAACCGAAUCUCACUCCUCGACAGGCUCGCUGGUGGCGCGACCUAUCCGAAUUUGGUUUCACCACUAAGCACAUCAAGGGUGAGACUAAUCAGGUCGCAGAUGCCCUAUCCCGGCGCCCUGACCACGACCAGGAGCACAUCCAGCUCUCUUCCAUCUCGGUCACCACCGUCCAGCACUCGGUGAUCGACGAGUUUCGCACUCAGUACCGCCACUGCCCCGACUAUCGCGACAUCCACACGACCCUUCGGAGUGGCAAGACCAUCCCGAACUACUCUCUCGGGGACAACGGUCUUGUGUACUGGCACGGUUCACAGGGCACCAGAGAGCCCCGUAUUUGCGUUCCCUCCACUGGACAGCUACGUGUCCGAGCAGUAGCAGAGUUCUAUGACCAGGCAGUCGCCGGUCAUAUGGGCUUCUACAAGACAUUGGCUCGUGUGAGCCGCCUGUAUGUCUGGCCGAAGCGCAAGGACUUUGUGAAGGACUACGUCGCAGAGUGUCCCACCUGUCAGGAGGUGAACAGUGCGAACCACCUACCUUAUGGUUUGCUUCAGCCUCUUCCUAUCCCUGAGGGUCAUUGGCAGUCCAUCUCGAUGGACUUUAUCGGUCCUCUUCGACCUCCGACCCCCCGCAGUCAUGAUGCUAUCCCGGUCGUCGUCGACCGCUUCAGGAAGCGUGCACGCUUUGUUCCGUGCCGCUAUGCUAUCAGUGCACGUGAGGUCGCCGACAUCGUGUUUGACCGAGUCGUGCGUGACCACGGCUUACCUCUCAGCAUCAUAUCUGACCGUGACCCGCGCUUUACCAGCCGAUUCUGGCGACGGCUCCACAAGGAGCAUGAACUGCUCGAGCACUUCCAGCCGCCCAUCUCAGACGCUCUUCUCUGGAACCGGUUCAAUGACGAUCGCCAGUUGCGCUUCGACAUUCAGCAGGUGAACGUGCCGGCACCCAGCGUUGCCGACUUGGCGGUGUACUCGCUCCUCGCGCAGCGGGUGACGUACGCGGGUGUCUAUGUGGACAUAUCGCCCGUCCCUGGCCAGGAAUCCACGCGAGUGUUCAUCGAGUUCCGAGCCAUCCAGGUGGCAACGAACUUUGUGCACAGUGUUUCUACUCUCACCGGGGAUUUGACCGUCUUGCCCGGGCACGAUCGGGAGCCGGCGUAUAGAUUCUUGCGCGAUUACGCCCUUCAGGUGGCGAGAUCGGUGGCACAAGUGCAGGCUCGGGGCACUCGUCGCUUCACUGCAUACGAAGGACUUCUGCGGCGGACUUCGGAGGGAGCACUUGCAUUGGUGCCGCAGCUUCCCGCGCUCCUUCCUCCCGCCGAGCCCCUCAACAUCCAAGCUCUCCCCUAUCCUAUGCGCAACUUUCCCGAGUACCUAGUGGAGCUGAUGGACGUGGAGCAGUUGCCGCCCGCCGACGAGGACGCGUGGGAGCUGCAUCGGGCGCUGUAUUCAUCGGUGGUGCUGGGCAUGUUCACAUUCUUCGUGGAGCAUGAAGUUCAUAACGUCGGCGAAUUCCUCCACGUGUACUACGUGAUCGCCAAGCCGAAGUCGGAGCGGAAGGAGGGAACAGUGGCGCUUUAUCCUUUUGGGAGGAUCGGAACGAAUCGCCCGGGGCUCUUACAACUCAUUCACACCAAGCUGCUGUCCAUUGCGCAGGUAAUCGCCGCGGAAGAAGAAGACUUGCAGCUCAGACUACGGACCGCCUCAGCUUCGUGCAGAUCGUAUAAGGAGGCGGUGAUACCUGACUAUCUGGCACGUGAAGGGGAGUCCGUGGUGGACUUCGGGCACGAAGAUAAGCCGUUGCGGCCUCCAUCAUCGUAUCCAAAGCCGGCGGCCUUGAAGGCACCAAGAAAGAAAACCGUCCCGAAGCGGCGACAAAGUCCAUCGCCGGAAGCUCAGGCCAGUCGAGUGGGGCCUGUCGAGGAGGUCGUCCAGCCUGCGCCGGUGCGCGAAGUCGAUCCGGUUCGCGAGAGAAGAGCCACACUCGUCAUGGGGCCCCGACCGGGGAAGGACCGCCCCGCCGAAGAGCGGCGGAGAUCCACAGGCCAUCCGGAGUCGACACCUCAGUGGCCCCGCCUCCCCGAUCUCAACAGCCAUGCAGCCGGGCCAUCAAGCGCAGGGGGGCGAUUGGGACGAGUUCCAUAUCCCGCAUCCAGACCCCCCCUCCUUGCAGGACCGUUCCGAUUUCGCCAGCCCGCCCGGGAUACCUUGGUCAUUGACAUUAGCAGUUCCCCCGAGCCGGACGGUCCAUCAAACCGACGUGGAUCACAUGGUGGAACUGACCACCCUCCGGCUUGAGGCCAUCGAGGGGGCGCUACGUCCCGAUCCGGCAUGGGAGGCGUUCUUGCAGCCUCCAUU